UGUUAUCGAACAACCAUAUGUCAAAAUAAACAUUAUCAAAAAAACGCAUUUCAGAUAUUUCACAAUUUUCCAAAUAUUCAAGAAACUGCACGCUGUUAAAUUCUUUCGCAAAAUGACCAAAAUAGCUACCGAACAAAUCCAUUCAAUCGGUCAAGUUCUAAAUAACAAGGAGCGUCCACUUAAGGAAAGAUUUCGUGCAUUGUUCACAUUAAAAAACCUCGGUGGAAAGGAAUCGGUUGAAGAGAUAAGUAGAUGUUUUGAAGAUGAUUCAGCUUUGCUUAAACACGAAUUGGCUUAUUGUUUGGGACAAAUGCAAGAUACAUCUGCUAUAGAUGUCCUUACCAAUGUCCUCAAGGAUAUUAACCAAGAGCCAAUGGUCCGCCAUGAAGCAGCGGAAGCACUUGGAGCAAUUGGUGUUCCUGAAGUUAUACCAAUUCUUGAAAAAUACGAAAACGAUUCAUGCGUCGAAGUAGCAGAGACAUGUAAAAUUGCUCUAGAUCGUGUCAAUUGGCUAAAGAAUGGCAAUGUUGUAGAUGACAAUAAUCCUUAUCAUUCAGUGGAUCCUUCGCCCCCAACAAAAAAUCAACUCAGUGUUGAUGAUCUGAAAAAAACUUAUCUUAAUCCCAAUGAAUCUCUAUUUGAUAGAUAUCGGGCUAUGUUCAGUUUGAGAAAUCUAAGAAGUCAAGAAAGUGUAUUGGCUCUGACCGAAGGUUUGAAGGAUAAGAGUGCUCUGUUUCGCCAUGAAGUUGCCUUUGUUUUGGGUCAACUCCAGGAACCAUGCAGUAUUCCAUAUUUAAAAGAGAAUCUAGAAGAUUCAUGUGAAAAUGAAAUGGUUCGUCAUGAGUGUGCAGAAGCACUAGGAGCAAUUGCAACAGAAGAAUGUAUGACAAUACUUAACAACUAUGUAAACGAUGAUAAACGAGUAGUAAAGGAAAGUUGUAUUAUUGCGCUGGAUAUGUGUGAGUACGAGAACAGUCCAGAGUUUCAAUAUGCCGAUGGAUUGGUUAACACCCAAAAGUAGGACCGGCUUCAUGUUAUAUUAUUUGUGUAUUUGUAAUUUUUUAUACAAAAGGUGAUAAUAUAAAAAUUGAAAAAUAUAUAUUUUACCCACAGA